AUGCCCAAACAGUUCCCGCUGAUCCAGACGAAGAUCGUCGAUUUCUUCAAGAUCCAGCGGCGCCCGGCGUUCGCGGCCGCCGAGCCGCCGGAGGGGAAGAAGAGGAAGCGGAAGGCCGCCAGCGCGCUGGUGGUGUCCAAGAAGAAGAGCCGGAAGCUGCUGCCCUUCACCCCCAGCGAGGACCCCGGCCGCCGCCUCACGCAGAUGGCCUCGCUCGCCACCGCGCUCACGGCCACCGGCGCCGUCUUCAGCAACGACCUCACCUACGUGCCCGGCAUGGCGCCCCGGUCCGCCAACCAGUCCGCCCUCGAGGCAGGAGGGAUGCAGGUGCUGCCGAGGGAGGAUGCAGAGACAUUGAGCCUCUGCAAGAGGAUGAUGGAGCAAGGGGAAUGGCCCCCUCUCCUCGUCGUCUUCGAUCCAGUGGAAGGAACCCGUCAGGCACUGAUGAUGAUUGUGUGCAAUUUCCUGGACAGAUUCACGGUGGAGGCAGACAGGCACAUCAAGGACCUGACCAUCAUCACCGAGUACGUCGGCGAUGUGGACUACCUUCGAAACCGUGAGCAUGAUGACGGGGACAGCAUGAUGACCCUGCUCUCUGCCGCGCUGCCGUCCAAGAGCCUCGUCAUCUGCCCUGACAAGCGGAGCAACAUUGCGCGGUUCAUCAAUGGGAUAAACAACCACACGCCUGAAGGCAGGAAGAAGCAGAACCUCAAGUGUGUGCGGUUCGCCAUUGACGGCGAGUGCCAUUGUCUCCUGGUGGCCAACAGGGACAUCUCCAAGGGGGAGAGGCUGUACUACGACUACAACGGUGACGAGCAUGAGUACCCAACUCACCAUUUUGUAUGA